AUGAGUGCUCUUCAAGCAUUUGUCGAUCAACAAGUGGUAAUUGUCACUUCAGAUGGUCGAGUUUUGACAGGAUAUUUAACGGGAUUUGAUCAAACCAUUAAUCUUAUUCUUUCUCAAGUAGAUGAAAAGUUAUUUUCUAUGGAAGGGACGCAAAUAACUAAGGUUGAUGGGAUUUAUUUGGUUCGUGGAGAUAAUAUUGCAGUUAUAGGUCUAAUUGAUCAUGAAAUUCAUGAUCAAAUUGAUUGGACUCAAGUAAAAGCAGAAGGAAUUAAACCAACAAAAAUAUAUUAA